UGGAGGUGGGAAGAGGCCCAGAGGUUGUGGGAUACGGACAAGGCAGCUGGGGAUGGCUUCAGUAACCCGAUAUUCCGGGAAGGUGGUGGUGGUGACUGGAGGCAGCCGGGGCAUCGGGGCUGCGAUCGUGAGAGCCUUCGUGGACAGUGGGGCUCAAGUGGUUUUCUGUGACAAGGAUGAGGCUGGGGGCCGGGCUCUGGAGCAGGAACUCUCAGGCACUGUCUUUAUCCCCGGUGAUGUGACCCAGGAAGGAGAUUUGCAGACUCUGAUUUCUGAGACGCUCUCUCGAUUUGGCCACCUGGAUUGUGUGGUGAAUAAUGCUGGCUACCACCCACCUGCCCAGCUGCCUGAGGAGACCUCUGCCCAGGGCUUCCGCCAGCUGCUGGAGGUGAACCUGCUGGGGACAUACACCUUGAUCAAGCUUGCCCUCCCCCAUCUGCGGAAAAGCAGAGGAAACAUCAUCAACAUCUCCAGCCUGGUUGGGGCCAUUGGCCAGUCCCAGGCAGUUACCUACGUGGCCACCAAGGGGGCAGUGACUGCCAUGACCAAAGCUUUGGCCUUGGAUGAGAGCCAAUAUGGUGUCCGAGUCAACUGCAUCUCUCCAGGAAACAUCUGGACUCCACUGUGGGAAGAGCUUGCAGCCUCAACUUCAGACCCCAGGGCCACCAUUCAGGAAGGCACCUUGGCCCAGCCCCUGGGCCGCAUGGGCCAGCCAGCUGAGGUGGCGGCUGCAGCUGUUUUCCUGGCCUCUGAAGCCACUUUCUGUACAGGGCUUGAGCUUCUUGUGAGUGGGGGUGCAGAACUGGGGUAUGGACGCAAGGCUAUUAGAAGCAGCCUCGUGGAAGUCCCCACUCUCCCACCUAAUGUAGGCUAACUAUGUCCUGCCCAUCCAUCUCUCCCUUCCUUCCUUUUCUGUAGUACUGGAGAUUAAACCUGAGCCUCUUGUGUGCUAGGCGGGGGCUCUACCACUGAGUCACACCCCAGUGCCCACUGGAGGAUUCUAGGCAGGGGCUCUACCACUUAACUCUCAGGUCUGAAAGAAACUCAGGAUAAGCUAGCUGCUGGCUGCCCGGCCCUCUUAGUACCUGCAGCUCCUCUCUGCUUUCCUCACCACCACCACCCCCACCCCCACCAGCUCUAGCCCAGGGACUUAGCGUCCCUCCCCCCAGCUUCUGAUUCCUAUAAAAACCUGCCAUUUUGGAUGUGUGCACUCUUGGUCCUUGGCUCCUCUCUUGGCCCACUUGCCCUCUCUCUUCUCUCUCUCUCCUCAUCUUUCACUUCUUCUUCACCCCCUCCCUGCUCUCAUGGACUGGUUUAUAGUCUGGACUCUUCCAGAUGCCUCUGGCUGUGCUCUCUCUUAUAGCUACAAUAAAAACUCCCC